AUGUCUUCAGGUCCGUACAAUUAUUCUUAUAUAUUUAAAUAUAUUCUUAUUGGAGAUAUGGGAGUGGGAAAAUCAUGUUUACUUCACCAGUUUACGGAAAAAAAAUUCAUGUCUGAUUGUCAUCACACUCUGGGAGUAGAGUUUGGUACAAGAGUUAUUGAAGUGUCAGGGCAAAAAAUUAAACUUCAAAUCUGGGACACAGCUGGGCAAGAAAGAUUUAGAGCAGUUACUAGGUCUUACUACAGGGGAGCUGCUGGUGCACUCAUGGUGUAUGAUAUUACUAGAAGAUCCACAUAUAAUCAUUUAAGUAAUUGGCUCACUGAUACGAGAAACUUGACCAAUCCCAGCACUGUUAUAUUUCUAAUAGGUAAUAAAUGUGACUUAAAUCAACAGAGAGAUGUGACUUAUGAAGAAGCCAAACAAUUUGCUGAAGAAAAUGGUCUGAUGUUUGUCGAGGCAAGUGCUAAAACAGGUGAAAAUGUUGAAGAAGCAUUUUUAGAAACAGCGAAUAAGAUUUAUCAAAGUAUCAUUGAUGGUCGAUUAGAUCCUAAUGCAGCUGAAUCAGGAGUACAACAUAAAGCAACACAACCAGGAAGAUCAACUGCAGUUAAUGAUCAAAGUCCUUCAAAAGAAAAUUGUUCUUGUUAG